AUGAUCCUUCAGCUGGUGCUAAUCGUUCAGCUCUCUCUGGGAUUUGGCCAGCAGAUCGGCUCCCUGCGAAUUAUGAAUGGCACGGCGGCCAAACUUAGGCAGCUACCCUACCAGGUGGGUCUGCUAGGUUACUUCGAGGGCUCCAUGGAGGAGCCCAAUAUGUGUGGAGGCACUAUCCUUAGCAACCGUUGGAUUGUAACCGCAGCCCAUUGUCUACAGGAUCCAAAGGCAAAUCUCUCGAAAGUUCUUGUCCACGUAGGCAGACUGGAAUCCUUCAAUGAUAAGGAAAUCGUGGUUAACAGGAGCCACACCAUUGUGCACAAGAAAUUCGAUCGGAGGACCGUGACAAAUGAUAUUGCCCUGAUCCGCUUGCCCAAGAGGCUUACUUUCAGUAGAUAUAUACAAGCCGCCAAGUUGCCCAGCUCGAAGAAAACCUAUUCAGGUCGUAGGGCCAUCAUUUCAGGAUGGGGCCUGACCACCAAGCAACAGCCCAGCAAGGUGCUCCAGUACAUCCGAGUGCCCAUCAUCUCGAACAAGGAGUGUGAGCGGCAGUGGAACAAGCAACUCAAUGGCACAGGCAGGAAGGUUGUGCCCAGCUCCUUUAUAUGCAUUGAUUCGAGGAAAGGACUGCCGUGUCGAGGGGAUUCCGGAGGACCGAUGGUACUAGACGAUGGCAGCAGAACUCUGGUGGGGAUUGUAUCUCAUGGAUUCGAUGGCGAGUUUACGUUGCGUUACGUUAUUAAAAUGAAUUACGCCGGCAGCCGGGGCACUGCCAAGGAAAGGUAACGGAAACCCAUGGAAACCCACGUCCCCGUUCUCAGGCCCAAUUCCAGCCCAGCGGAAAGGUAUUGUACAGCGAAAGCAUCCAUCCGGAAAGCUGCCUCUCGAUCAACUGGCACAGCUG